ACCCAAGUUAAGAGCAUCCCAACCCCAACCAAGAAAGGAAUUAAAUUAGUUGGGCAUACAAAAUAUAUGGAAUGCAUGCACAUGCCUACUCUCACAUCAAAUAUUAAUGAGUAUAUAUGUUGAUCACCCAUGUAUAGAUAUUCAUCAAUCAUGUACAAUAAACAUUAAAAUUCAAGGGGGUGGUAGAUACAAAUCCACAUUUUUUUUUUUAGCCACAAUAUAUAGUUUUGUCUCAAACUAUUUACAUAUCUUCUUAUACUCCAAUUCUUCCCCUAUAAAAACACGAGUUUUGAUCGAUCAAAUAAUCGAAUUGUGUCCAUAGGAACAAUAACCCGAAAGCCUUGUACUAAGCCAUGCCUCGAGGCACAGCUCUUCAAUGGCUAAGCUUGGUGGGUGUCAUAUGGCUUCAAUCAAUAAACGGAACAAACUCGAAUUUCCCUGCUUAUUCUUCACAGCUUAAACAACUUCUUUCAUUAUCUCAACUACAACUCAACAACCUUGCACUUGCAUCGGAUGCAGGGAAGCUAUUCGGUUGGUUUGCAGGCAUUGCUGCUGUCUACCUACCUUUAUGGCUCGUUCUUUUGAUCGGUUCUACUCUCGGUUUCAUUGGUUAUGGCUUACAAUAUCUCUUCCUCACCCACUACAUAACAUCCCUUUCUUAUUGGCACAUUUUCUUCCUCACAGUCUUAGCAGGAAAUGGUAUUUGUUGGAUCAAUACAGUUUGUUAUGUUGUUGCUAUUCAUAACUUUCCCUUUCACAGACAGGCUUCUGUUGGUCUAGCCACUUCCUAUCUUGGAUUAAGUGCUGUAGUUUAUACUGCAGCUGUGGAUGCCUUCUCAUCUAAACCUUCUGAAAGAGCUAAACAAUACAUGCUCUUCAAUGCCCUCUUUCCUUUUGUAGUAAGUGUCUUAACUGCCCCUUUUGUUAGGCAUCUUGACACUGAAAAACCGAAGAAGGUUGAAUCCGGGUUUUUUGUCGUUUUGAUGAUAACUUUAGCAACCGGAAUAUAUGCUGUUGCGAGUAGCUUAGGCGCGAUAUCAAAGAAGUCUACACCAUGGUUAAGAGUGUUCGGUAUUGGGGUGUGUUUAACAUCACUCUUGAUAGUUCCUAUCGCAGAAUUUUUGGCUAAAAUACUCGAAGAAAAAUGUUAUAUCAACAGGGAAGUAAGGGUAUGUGAUGUUACGACUGAGGUCGAUGAAAAUUGGGUGAAAGAUCAGAGUGAUCAUAUUGGUGAAGGGAACGAGGAGGAGAUACACGCCAUGGAGGAUAUCGGAGCUAAAUCGAUGCUGCAGAGACUGAAUUUCUGGCUGUAUUUCUUCAUAUACAUAUCUGGUGCUACUCUAGGAUUGGUUUAUUUGAACAAUUUAGGACAGAUAGCAGAGUCUAGAGGCUACUCCAGGACAUCUCCUUUGGUCUCUUUCGCUUCUGCAUUCGUGUUUUUUGGUCGUCUCGUCCCAUCAAUCCUCGACUAUAUGUACUCAAGGAGUAAGUGUACAGUACCAGGACCAGCAUCAAUAGUAGCAGCAAUGGUACCAAUGGCAGCAGCAUUCUUCUUGCUUAUCGACGGAAGCAACCUUUCUCUUCACGCAAGUACAGCAAUCAUCGGCUUUUCGACAGGCGUCAUCACCGCAAUUUCCGUCUCAACAACAACGGAAUUAUUCGGCCAAAACAAUUUCGGAGUUAAUCACAACAUAGUGGUAGCAAACAUUCCUUUAGGCUCUUUCAUAUUCGGAAGCUUAGCAGCAGUUUUGUAUCACAAAGAAGGAGAUGCAUAUGGCAGAUGUUUAGGUCUGCAGUGUUACAGAAAUACCUUUAUUUUCUGGGGUACCCUUUGUUCUUUGGGUACAUUCCUUGCUUUGAUACUUCAUUUCCGAACUAGGAAGUUCUAUUUGCAGAGAUUGAAAACAGAGGAUAUGCACAUAUUCUAUAAUUAGUAAUACUAGUACUGGUAGUUGCUAGUAUAAUGUCUAUUUUUAGUAAGGAGUACUUAACUAUACACCAUUUAGGAUCACUUUGUCUUUUUGACAGCCCAAGAUUACUAACUUGGUGCAUGUUUUUUCCUCUUGCCAUUUUUUGGGCUGUGUAUAUUAUACUUAAUUUUGAAUGAUUUGAAAUUUUAAACUAGUUUGGCCGCAUUUUAUCAUAUCGAUCGGCUACGUUGUAAAGGUUUCUGUUUUAGCAAAUUAAUUACCCGUAUGGCCGUAUCAUAGA